AAAAAAAAAAAAAAAACAAUGGUAGGCGGAUAAAGCCCUAGAGGAUGCUCGUAGUUAAAGCCAAAGCAUUUUCUUUGCUCAAGUCUGUUAAUGAUAAGAGUGGACAAACAGUUCAGCAUGCCUGUGACCGUACUUUUGCAGGGGUAUGAAGCAAGAAACAAGUGUUGACUUUCCACACAUUCCAGAGAAUAUGGAAAUUCAGGUGGUAAAAAUCAAAGAGGAGCAUCAGCAGCUGCUGUCUCAUUUUGACUCUGAGUUCAGAUGUUCUGUAUGUGGUGAUGUAUUUGCACAUACGUCUGAGUUAAUGAGCCAUGAGCAGUUACAUGGGGAAGCAGACCGUUAUAGAUGCCUGAUCUGCAGACGGUCUUUUCAGUGCACAUCAAAUCUCAAAGACCACUACAAUGUUCAUACGGGAGAGAGGCCGUACAAGUGUUCAUAUUGUGAGAAGGCUUUUACACAGUCUUCUUCCCUUGUCACCCACCAGCGAAUACACACUGGUGAAAAGCCUUACAAGUGCAGUGUUUGUGGAAAGAGCUUCAAAGAUGCUUCAAACUUUGUGAAACAUCGACGGCUACAUGGUAGGGAAGCCAUUCCUCUUAAUGUUAGCUGCUUGCCUGCUAGUCCAGCAGUACUGUGUCUGGAAGAAAAGCCAUAUAGGUGCUCCUUUUGUCAGAAAACUUUCAAGCGUGGCUCAGAUUUAAGAGACCAUGAGCGUGUCCACACAGGUGAAAGACCGUACAAGUGCAGAGUCUGUGGGAAGAGCUUCACACAGUCAUCUGUACUGACUGGACACAUGCGCAUACACACAGGGGAAAGACCAUUUCAUUGUGAAAUCUGUGACAAAAGAUUCAACAACUGUUCAAACUUUAAUAAGCAUAAGCGUACUCAUGCAUUUCAGAAGGUCUUCUGGUGCCCAGUUUGUGGAAAAUCUUUUACAGAAUCCCAUCAGAUUCUUGAGCAUCGUCAGACUCAUGUAGAAAUGCAGCAUUCCAGAAUUAAUGGCGCAGAGUCACUAAAUGUGGGCUCCAUUGCACUGGACUGCAACCUUGCUGCUGUUAGAAAUGUUCCUUGCAGAGCUAUUGAAUGUGUGACACAAAAAUUGCUACACAAAGGACAUAGAGAUGCAAGUAGUUUUCCUAUCACAGAGAUCAAAGCCUCGAUUCAAAAUUCCAGUAAUGGCAAGUUUAUGUCUUUGCCACAAUGGAGGUUAUUAAGCAGUCAAAGGGAUGGUUUUAAAUGUCAUUCAAGAGGAAUUGCAAGGGGUAUGCUUUUGAGAGAAAUGCAGAAUGAGACUAGAGAAGAUUCGGUUUCCAAGCAAAUCGAUGCUGAAAAAAAUUCUGCUCUUCUGAAACUGGAUUACAGUGAAGAGGAGACUUCUGAGCCCAGUUGGAUCCAAGAAUUAAAAUAUCUGAAAUCGAUGAAGCACUUUUUGUGGAAUACAACAAAAGAAGAGUCUAAUGUUCAAAGUACGAGUGCUUGUAGGCACAAUGGCAGCAUAAUGACAACAGGUGAAGCAAGUCUUGGCACAGUAAGUGAUCGGAAACAUCCUUUGAUGGGAAAGACUUCUGAAUCUGCAUUUUGGAGGACACAAGAUCAACCACUGGCUACAGAAGUCAGCUGUGCUGAGCAUAAAUUUCUAGGAUUUCCUGAUGCAGUUGGCAGAGCUACAGAAGCAAAAUUCAUGCCUUCUCCUAUAGCAGACACUAGGGUUAAUGUUAACGGUGGAACCAAGCUAGGCCUUGAAGAACCACACACAAACAAAAAUAAAUGUUUGAUUUCCCAAAAUGCAAUCCUUUUAAAGAAAAACAAAGUAGAGACCACAUUUAGGAGUACAGAGUGGAAUGAUACUUCUACGAGUUUAGUCGGACACCAUCAGGACUUUGUUGAUGAGAGGCAGUACAUCUGCUUUGUAUGUGAAAAACGCUUUAAAAGGGCUACAGACCUCAAGGAGCAUUUGCGCAUUCACACAGGGGAGCGUCCUUUUGUUUGCCAAGUGUGUGGGAAGGCCUUUACUCAGUCUUCAGCUCUGUCAACACACCAGCGUAUCCAUACAGGUGAGAAGCCCUUUCAAUGUGGGGUCUGCCGUAAGCGGUUCAAUAGUUCAUCCAAUUUUGCUAAGCACAAGAGGACACAUACCAGAGACAGGCCAUUUGAGUGUCAGUUCUGUUCUAAGACAUUUCAGGAAAAAAGUAAAGCUGACAGACACAUGAAAAAUGUCCAUAGGAUUCAAGAUUUGGAAUACAGUUGACUUUAUGAAACAAAAUUGGUAAAGAAUCCUUUUAAACUUCACAUUGUCAUUUAUUACACCUUUUCUUAAGCUGUAAGGUUGAAGAUGGUAUUCUUCUGGAAAAUUCUUGAAGAGAAAAUGGCCACUAUUGCAGAGCUUAGAAAAUGGUCAGAUGAACUAACACUAGCAUUCUGAAAUGUGUAUUGCCAUCAAAGAUUUCAGUAUUAUAUGUCUAGGGUGCUUUCCCUCAUUCAUGCUGCACCUUUAGUUGUUGAUUAUUAACACAGAAUGAAAAGUUCAAUUUAUGGCCGAGAAGCUUCUACAGUGUGUUUUCCUACGAAAAUAGCAAUUUGAUGACUAUUAAGCAGAUGCAUAAGGGCUGUUUUGAAGAGUAAGAAGCUGUUCGCUAAUUUGUGUGUAGUCAUGUCCACCUUUGUUUUUGUAUUUUUUUGUGAACUGUAUUCCUUGCAGGUGCAGCAUGACAUUUAGAUGGUAUAUUCUGUGCUGGUGUGUCAGAAGUGGAUGCUUUAAUGAUCAGGCUGUUGAUGGUAGUACUCCUAGCAUUCAGCAGGUAACACAUGCUGAAGGUGGAUGUUCUGCCCUUAAGUUGUCAGGGAUGGAGACUGUCAGCAGGUACAGUCUUACUUUGAAAAUGACCCUUUACUCUCUGCACCGUGGCUGCUCCAAUUAUACUUUUCAUAUUGCUAAAAGUGUUUGUCUGUGCUGGUAGGCACUUGGCAAUUUUGCACAUUUGCUCCUAAACCAAUAAGCUCUUCCUCCUCCAUGUUAAUUUUAUAGAAAGUAAAUUGAUAAAAACAGUCUUGAAUAGA